AUGAGCGAGGAAAAGCAAUACAAGCCAGUGACAGUCGACAAGCCUAUCCCCAACACAUUUGACUUGGGAAACUUGGCCACCUUCGACACCAACCCCCUCGAUAAUGCGUUGUUGAAAGAUCCCAACACCAGAGAAGAGCACUUAGCAUCGGUCACCAGAGACAACUUGCAGUUGUUGGUCAACCAAUUGUUGUCGUUGCCCGUCAAGACCACCAGCGAUACCCAUGGACUGUCUACGGGCCAGGACUCUACCAUGACAUUGAUACAGUUGCCAGACCCAAUAACCGAGUUGCCCCGUGAAAAGGCGAUUCCAAAGGCCAAGGCCCCUACCAAGUGGGAACAGUUUGCUGCUAGAAAGGGAAUCAAGGCCAAGGCCAAGGACGGAAAGAUGGUGUUCGACGAAGACAAGGGCGAGUGGGUGCCUAAGUGGGGCUACAAGGGUAAGAACAAGGAGUUGGACAACCAGUGGUUGGUUGAGGUUAGCGAUAAGGUGAAGAACACCGACCAGGAGUUGAUCGACCCUAGAACCUUGGGCAGAGCUGAGAGAAAGAAGUUGAUCAAGAAGAACGAGUUGCAGCAUAAGAGAAACUUGAAGAACCAAUCGCAAUAA